CCCUUCCCGGCCCCGCCCCCCGCGCAGGCGCGCCGCUGUCCCGGAGCUGCGGGCCGGGCCGCACUGCUGGGGUGUCUCGGCGCGGGGUCGGAGCGAGGCGGAGCCCUUCCAGGCGCGGCGCUGAGAUCCGGCGGCGGCAUGUUGGGCAGGAGGCACAAGAAAAGCCCGCAGGCCAAGGGCCAGGGAGCCGCGGUGGCGAAGCAGCUGGGGCUGUUUGUAGAUUUCAAUCCUGAAGAGAUGCUGCUGGGUGCAGAGGAAGGUGGGGAUGAUGGGGACCUAGAAGCAGAGCUUGCUGCUAUCACAGGAGUGAAGGUGAAAGAAGGGAAAGCCAAACCAAAAGGAAAAGUUCCUCUGCCCAUGGAUCAUAUUGAAAAGAUGGCUGCAGAGUGUAUGAAGGACCUGAAUGAAGAUGAGGAGGAAGCAGAGGAUGAGGACUUGGAGAAAGAUACAGAUCUGUUGGCAGAAUUGCAAGAAGUUCUGGGGAUGGAAGAUGAGACAGGAAGCUGUGAGGAUGAAACAGUAACAAUGGAGCAGUCCGUAGCUGAAGCAGAAAAUGAGGAACCUGAACUGCAACCACAGACCACCUCACUUCCUGCUGUUACCAGUGAGCUGCAACAGACAAUAGAGAAGAGAAUUGUUAACUAUAAGACAGCAAUUUCUAACGCAAAGGACUUGGGUGAGAGUGCCAAGCUACGCCGGUACGAAAGAGGCCUUAAGACACUGGAAACCAUGCUGGCUGCAGUAAAGAGAGGCAAAAAAAUCAAUGAGGAAGAAAUGCCACCUCCUGUUGCAACAGGAAAAAGCUCUUCUCACAUAUCUCAAGCCACAAGAGCAGAGCAGGAAAAUUCAGGAGAUUCAGUCAGUGUCCCAGCAGAGAGCAGAGCUGAGUCUUGUGCAGGUGAUGAGCAGAAGACCUCACCUAAAGCAGAGCAGCACCUGGAAUUGGAAUCUCUACAGAGUCAUGCUGCUUCUAGUCCUACCCUGGAAACAGGUCUCCAUAGGAGCAGCACACGAGAUAUACUAGUUAAGAGGCAGAAGGAGUAUAAAUUAGCAGCUCUGAAAGCCAAGCAGCAAGGGGACUUGGAGAAGGCAAAAGAAUACAUGAAGAUAGGCAAGAAAUUUAAUGUGGUCUUGGAAGCUCUGGACAGUGGGCAGCCAGUAGACCUCCAGAACAUGCCUCCAUCUCCUCAGAAACUUCUAAGCUUAGGAGAUGUACAAAGUACAUCCAAGCAAAAGGUACCAGCUUCGGUGGGAAGUUCUCAGGAUCUUGCAGCACUCGAAUCCCAAACCCAAGAAGCUUCAGCUUCCCUGCAGCAGCCAAAAACAGUGCUGGAAGCACUGCAGCAAAGGCUUGAGAAGUACAAGUCAGCAGCAGCACAAGCUAAAGCAAGUGGGGACGAUCGGAAAGGAAGAAUGCAUGAAAGGAUAGCUAAGCAAUACCAGGAUGCCAUAAGAGCCCAUAAAGCAGGGAGGAAAGUUAACUUUUCUGAGCUACCUGUUCCACCUGGAUUUCCUCCUCUUCCUGGUGUUGUGGCACCGAAUGGUGACAGAACUAUAGCUGCUGUUCUGGAAAAUGCCAGCAAGCUGGCAAGCAUGGAGGAGAACGAUGAAGAGGAUGAGAAUGAACUUCUGACACAGGCCCCUGUUGCCAAGAAGCCUGCUCAGCUGCCUGGAAAGCCGACUCAGGUUGUUAAGCCAAUUACAGUGCCAUCUGCUGUAGCUGAGGAGGAAAGCUCUCCCGAGUGUGUGAAACAAGUUACAUCACCCUCCAGCCCGGACAAGUCAAUGGAUCAUCUUCCUCCAGCUGCCAGGGAACAGCUGGAAUUUCUGGAGAACAGAAAGAAGCAAUACGUGAAGGCAGCCAUCAAAGCAAAGAAGGAAAAUAACCUUGAACAGGCUAAGAUGUAUCUCAGAACAUCUAAGACCUUUGACCUAAAGAUUGAGGAAGUAAAAUGUGGCAAGCUUGUUGAUAUUUCCAAGCUGCCAUCACCCCCUACAGAUGAAGAGGGUGGUUUUAUCUUUAUACACCAUGAAGAUGUCAGACUAUCCCAGAAAGCAGAUGAGGUGUACAUGCAGCUCAUGAAACUGCUGAAGGACCAACAUGAGAAAUGUGUGCAGUAUUCCAAGCAGUUUAUGCAUCUGGGAAACGUAGCUGAAACGACUCGGUUUGAGAAGCUGGCACAAGGGUGUAGAAAGGACUUGGACAUCCUACGGCUUGCACGAGCACAAGGAAUGGAUCCCCCAAGCCAUCACUUCGAGGAGAGAACUUUUAAGAUGAUAAGGAUAUUUUCUGAGCUCAACAGCACAGAAAUGCACCUUCUUAUUGUCAGGGGAAUAAACCUACCAGCUCCACCAGGUGUGGCACCAAAAGAUUUGGAUGCCUUUGUGAAGUUUGAAUUUCAUUACCCGAGCACGGAGCAACCUCAAAAGAGUAAAACGCCUGUAAUUAGCAAUAGCAACUGUCCAGAAUACAACCAGUUGUUCAAGUUGAACAUCAACCGAAAUCACAGAGGUUUCCGACGAGCAAUUCGGUCCAAAGGAAUUAAAUUUGAAGUAUAUCAUAAAGGAUCCUUUUUCAGAAGUGACAAACACGUGGGAACAGCACACCUGAAACUGGAGAAGCUGGAGUCACAAUGUGAAGUCAGAGAGAUCAUCGAGAUAUUUGAUGGCAGAAAACCCACUGGAGGGAAACUGGAAGUAAAAGUGAGACUCAGGGAGCCCCUCAGCGGUCAGGAUCUUCAAACGAUUACAGAAAACUGGCUGGUCCUUGAACACUAGUUCUAUAUGAGCUCCACAGAAAGGCUGAGAUGUGGGAUGAACGUGUAUGAAGAGAUGCUGCUAGCUGCAAGCACCAAAGACGUUACACGAAUGCACUACUGAACCUAAUGUCUCUUUUGGUAACAGCCAUAGUGCUUAUUAAUGAUUCUAAGGCAAAUGUAAGGCUCUGAAAAUUUGCUGCUG